GAACUUAAAUUGAAAUUUUGCUCUUGUGUACCAAAAAAAAAACAAAUUUAGAAUAAUUAUUAUAAUUUAAUAAUAAAUUAAAAAGAAAACAUUUAAUAAUAAUAAUGGAAAAACUAAUGGAUUUUCCUUUAUUCCCCGCCAGGCAUUUACAAAGCUUCUGGGGAGCCUCCGGAGAUUUUUGGCAAGCUCAAUGGGAUAAAUUUAUCGAUAUUACAGGAGAUGAUCCUUUGGUCUUUUGGGUAAUUGGCACCAACAUCUUUACCAUGUUAGUGUACUGGCUAGUCGGUGGUAUAUACACGUUUAUGGAUUUAACAAAUCGGCCAGCAUUUUUGCGUAAAUAUAAAAUUCAACCGGGUACAAAUGAACCCGUUGAAAGGGCGCGUCUGUUAAAGGUUAUUUCAAAAGUGAUCAGCAAUCAAAUAUUUAUUGGUGUGCCCAUAUCAUUUCUCUCCUAUAAAUUGAUGAAACUAAGAGGUCUAAGUUCAAUUCGAGAAUUGCCCACAUUUCAUUGGGUGUGUGUCGAAUUGACCGUGUGUAUUUUAAUGGAAGAACUGGGUUUUUAUUACUCACAUCGUUUGCUGCACAAUAAAAAUAUUUACAAGUUUAUACACAAACAACAUCACGAGUGGACUGCUCCGAUAGCAGUGACAGCUUUGUAUUGUCAUCCCGUGGAGCAUAUUUUUAGUAAUUUAUUUCCACCAUUUUUGGGAGUUUUCCUAAUGGGCAGUCAUGUAGCCACCGCCUGGUUAUGGUUUGCCUUGGCCAUACUCUCAACACUAAAUGCUCAUUCGGGUUAUCAUUUGCCCUUCUUUCCCAGUCCAGAGGCCCAUGAUUUUCAUCAUUUAAAAUUCAACAACUGUUUUGGUGUGUUGGGUGUUUUGGAUCGCUUGCAUGGUACUGAUACUUUAUUCCGAGCUACCAAAUCCUAUGCUCGUCAUCUUAUGAUGUUAAGUUUUGUACCACCGCGUGAUGCUUUCCCUGACUCCACCAUGAAGUGAAUUUUAAGGAAGGAAUAAUCGAAAUAUUUAAGUACUCGUAUAACACGUUAAUUUAAGUGAGGAACGAAAUGAAAAGCUUUAAAUUUUUUAAUAAUUAUGGAGAAAUAAACAAACAAUGUAAUUGUAGAGUUAAAAUAAAAUAUUUUUAUCAAGACUUUUGAUAAAGGUUCAUGUAAACGAUUUUAUCAAAGAAAUAUGAGAGAAAAAAAUACCAAAUACAUAAUAUAUUCUGUAAUUGUGUGUAAUAGAUUAGUUAAGUAUUUGAUAGUUUUAAUUAAUUAAUUAAUUGUAUGUAGGUCUAAUAAAUAUUUUAUAUAAUUGGUAUAUACAACGCUAUAUAAAUCAUAUUCAUAUUGUAUGUACUCAAAUUAUGAACAUUAACAAAUAAUACAUGCAAAAUAAAUUAAA